AUGGACCCAGAUGACAUGGAAAAAACAGCCUUUAUUACCCCUUACGGCAUUUUUUUUUGUUACCGCGUCAUGCCAUUCGGCCUUAAAAACUCAUGCGCCACAUUCAACCGUGCCAUAUUCAAGAUGAUGCAUGCCCAAAUUGGCCACACUUUGGAAGCCUAUGUCGACGACCUUGUCGUCAAAAGCCAGAAGGAGAGCAACCAUCUCCAGGAGCUGAAGGAAAUAUUCGACAUACUCAAAUUCUACAAGCUCCGCCUAAACCCCGAGAAGUGUGUGAUCGACGUAAGUGCUGGGAAAUUUCUCAAACAUUUGGUCACCAGGCACGGUAUUGAGGCCGACCCCAACCAGAUUAAAGCCAUUGCAGAUUUGCGGCCACCAAGAACAAUCAAGGAAGUACAACGGCUGACUGGAAUGUCAGCCGCUUUGAACCGGUUCAUUAGCAAGUCCUCCGACAAGUGCCAUGCCUUCUUCAAUGCGUUGAAAGGCAAGAGCCGACGCAACUUCGAAUGGACACCAGAGUGUGACUCCUCUUUGGCUAAACUCAAAGAGUACCUCAGCUCGGCCUCACUAUUGGUAAAGCCAAAAGAAUUCAAGACCCUAUAUUUGUAUCUUGCUGUCUCCGCCCAUGCGGUCAGUUCUGCACUCGUUCGCCAGGAAGGGGCUGAUGAGAAGCCGAUAUACUUCACAAGCAAAACACUUUUUUCGGCACAAACACGGAAUCUUCCGCUGGAGAAACUAGCCCUUGCUCUCGUCUCGGCGGUGAGGAAACUAUUGCACUACUUCCAGUCCCACCCAAUCACCGUCUUAACAGAACACCCCUUCAAAGCUUUCUUUCGGAAGGCAGAUCUCUCCAACCGGGUUUCAAAAUGGGCUGUCAAACUUGCGAACUUCGACAUCAGCUUUGAGCCACGAACGGCAAUUAAGGGCCAGGUGUUGGCCGACUUCAUAGCAGAACUCACUCCAGCAGACACAGUGGCACUCAAUGCUCCAACCCCACCAGACGUAGCCGAACGUAGCUCCGUGACCAUGCCAUGGCACCUUUUUCAAGGCGAGACUUGGAGACUUAACGUCAACGGGGCUUCCAACAGCAACGGAGCCGGAGUGGAGGUAGUCUUGGUCUCACCUUCCAUCGCGAUGAAAGUCACCAACCUCGUUGUCUACUGCGACUCCCAACUCAUCGUUAACCAAGUACUCAGUGACUAUGAAGCUCGGGACCCUCGAAUGUUGAAAUACCAAGCCACGACAGCUGAGCUCAUCUCUCAGUUUCGCAAUUUUAGCAUCGAACAGAUCAACCGCGAGCACAACGCACACGCUGACGCACUUGCAGGCCUCGCGUCGGCAUCCACAGCCUCAGAAUUCAGAACCAUCAACUUCGGCAGCAUUAGCCGCCCGUCUUUUGAGCCCACUCCAGAGGUACUCAAUGUCGAACUCGGUCCUAGCUGGAUGGAUGAGAUCGUUGCGUUCCUAAAGCACGACACCCUACCCACAGAAAAGAAGGAGGCUUACCAACUUCACUCAGGCAGCUGCGGUUGCUACUCUGGCGGCCGCUCCCUUUGUCAACGUGCCAUGAGUCAAGGUUACUUCUGGAAGAACAUGAAGAAAGACUGCGAAGAAGUUGUCCGUAGAUGCCGACCGUGCCAACUCUUCGGCGUCCCAUACGCCAUUGUCUCUGACAACGGAACUCAGUUCGUCGGCAAGAACCUCACCAACCUUUGUGCCGAGUUUGGGAUACAUUUCUUCAACUCCACACCAGCCUACCCCCAGGGAAAUGGCCAGGCAGAGGCCACAAACAAAACCGUCUGCGCCAGCAUCAAGCGUCGGCUAAACUCCAAAAGAGGAAAAUGGGCUGAAGAAUUGCCACGCGUUCUAUGGGCCUACCGGUCUACACCAAGGCGUUCAACGGGCCAGACACCAUUUUCAAUGGCGUUCGGCAUGGAAGCCGUGAUCCCGUUGGAGUCCAAGUUUCCAACUCUCAGAACAGAAACAUUUUACCCCAAAACAAACGACGACGCUAUGGCACAAGAGCUGAUUUUGGCAGAAGAGAAGCGUGAUGACGCUCGCCUGCACCUCGCUGAAUACCAGCAGCAGGUGGCCAAGGGAUACAACCGCAGCGUGCGAGUCAAAAAGUUCAAGCCAGACGAUUUGGUGCUUACGUGCUGGAGGACAUGA